GGCCAACGCCUCUGUGCUGCCAGAUAAAGGGUCAUAUACUGUUACUGCUCAUCAGUCACUGUUCGACUCAUCAGAAGAGAGUAUUAGCAACGGGAGAUCAGCUGAGAGGCUGCCGUUAAGGGAUCAGCUAUGCUUGGAGGAGUCCACACAGAUUUGUUGGUCACGACUUUACUCUUCCUCUCUCAGACAGGGACUCUGUGCAGAGCUGAAAACGACUUUACAUUGGUUCCUUUACCAGAAUGGAGGACACAUUCAGAGUAUGUUACACAAUGUUUCUACGACAGACAUAACAAUCUGAGCUGUGACUGGACGAGAAACCAACAAAUAUCAGUGGAUGUUGCAGUGAGUAUUUUUGAGAGUGGUCGGCUGGGCAUGGAGGGCGAGGCCUGUCUGGAGUUUUGGUACCAGAGCCCAGUCACAGCUAAUGGGUCUGAACUAAGAGCUUUCCUGAAAAGCAGCGACGGUCUGGUAGAAAUAUGGACCUCUCCCAUCCUCCCCAGAAAUUCAUGGACGCAAGUGUUUGUCCCCCUGAAUAUCGUCAAACCGGAGUCUCGGGUUGUACUUGAAGCAGUGGCCAUGGCGGGACGGAUCACAAUUAACAAGAUAGGUGUAAGAAGAGGCUCAUGUGGGCCCCAGUGUGAAUCUAACACAGAGUUAUGGACGGAUGAGUCCACCCGCUGCCUCUGCUCUGAGGGCCAGCUCUCCUGCACUCCCUCUACGUGCCCACAAGGCCAAACCUGUGGUCCUCAUAGAGGAAGCUCCAGAGGGAUUUCCACCACUGGGACGUGUACAAUACACAGUCACACAGACUGCAGCACUUUCGAUGGAGUGCUGUUCCGCUUCAUGGCCCCCUGCACCUACAUACUGGCUAAGACCUGCUCACCCACUGAGGACCUGCCCAUGUUCAGUGUGGAGGUGGUCAAUAAGCAGAACGGGAACUCAUCUCUGCCAGCCAUUCAGCAGGUCAAUGUGGACACAGGGAACAUCAGAGUGUCUCUAUUGAAAAGACAGAUGCACCGGGUCGUGGUUAAUGGGGUCUGGAGGAAGCUUCCGCUGAGCCUCAGCAGUGGCACUGUCAACAUCAAGAGUAACCCUGCUGCCGUUGUCCUGGAAACCAGUUUCGGUCUGACCGUUUCAUUUGACAGCGCUGGGGCUGUACAUGUCACCCUGCCGUCCGCAUAUUCAAAUGAGGCCUGUGGCUUGUGUGGCAACUUUAACGACAUCAGGGAAGAUGACUUGCGCAAGCCUGAUGGUACAAACGCCCAAGAUGCUACGGCUUUGGCUCAGAGCUGGCAGACUGGGCAGAGCACCUCCUCCUGUGAAACUAUUCUAGUCCCUCAUCAGUGUGACCCACAGGAGGAGUCCGGGUACACCAGUGAGUUGUACUGUGGCAGACUCCUCUCUAGCACCGGGCCCUUUGCGGACUGCCAAUCAGUUCUGGGGGCAGAGAGUUACUUCAGGGCCUGUGUGGUCGGUAUGUGCUCUGCUCAUGGGGACCCAGCGGUGCUAUGUGAGACAUUACAGGUCUACAGCGAUAUCUGCAAGGAGGCUGGUGUCGCUGUGCCCAUGUGGAGGAACUCCACAUUCUGCCCCCUUCAGUGUGCUGAGAACAGCCAUUAUGACUCAUGUGCUUAUGGCUGUCCAGAGGUGUGCUCCGGUCUGGAUUUAACUGGCUCUUGUGGAAACUGUGAGGAACGAUGCGUGUGUGACUCUGGCUUCAAACUCAGUGGGGGAAAGUGUGUCCCAGCAGAAGACUGUGGGUGCUGGUACAAUGGGAAACACUACGAGAAAGGAGACACAUUUGUGGAAGGAGAGUGCGAGCAGCAGUGCCAAUGUAGGGGUAAUAAUGAUCUGUGGUGCACCUCAAUGCAAUGCGCAUACAGAGAGGUUUGUAAGGUCGAGGAAGGGGUCAAAGACUGCUUCCCAUUCAAACCCGCCACCUGCAGGGUGUAUGGCGAUCCGCAUUACAUCACCUUUGACAAGGUGGCUUAUGACUUCCAAGGAGGCUGCAGUUACACUCUGACUACAACAUGUGGAGAAGAAGGCUCAGUCCAGUUCACUGUAAUUGGACACAACAUGCAUCCUCCCCUUCAGAACUACACUCGGUCCAAGCUGGAGGCUGUGACUCUACAGGUGGAAGAUUUUUGCCUCACCCUAAAUCAAAGUGGAGAGGUCCAUGUAAAUAACAGCCGUGUCCAACUCCCCUACAUCACUGAUGGAACCUACGGCUUAAUACGGGCCUACAUGAAGAAUAAUUAUAUUGUUCUGGAGGCGGCCUUUGGCCUCCGGGUGAUGGUAGAUGGGCAGAGCAGACUCUUUGUGCAGGUGGAUGAGCGCUACAAGUACGAGCUGUGCGGACUGUGUGGCACCUACUCCGAAUACCAGGGCGAUGAAUUCGUAACCCCAGGAGGCCAAAACGUUACAGAGCCAUUUGAGUUUGGUGACAGCUGGAGGGUGCCGAACCAUGAUGAGUGUACUGUCUAUCCAAAUGACCCGAGAGUCUGUGACUAUGAUGAAGAGAAUGAUGCCUACAAUGAGUGUAACACACUACUGAAGGAUGCCUUCAAUCCCUGCCAUGAAAUUGUUCACCCCGACAUCUACCUUAAUAGUUGUGUGUACGACUAUUGUGCCACAAAUGGGGACCAACACACCUUGUGUGAAUCUCUGAAGUCCUAUGCAACAGCAUGUCAGGUUGCGGGAGUGAAGCUGCCCUUCUGGCAGGCAGACACAGCUUGCGCUGAGCCCCCAACCACUACAGCUUCUCCAACAACCCCAACUUCUCCAACACCAGAUCAGACUUGCAGAUUCCCUAGCCUGGUUGAUGGAACUGAGCUUCCUUCCACAACUGCGGAAGUUCUCCCAUCACACCCAGUCUGUAACAUCGACUGUAGCUUUGACAGCAAUCUUUGUAGCUGGAAUCAGAUGCUUACUGAUGUUUUUGACUGGACAUGGCAGAAUGGUACCACACCCAGCCUGAUGACAGGGCCCUCUACUGACCACACUGGUGCUGGUCACUACCUGUACAUUGAGGCCAACAGCGCAACACAUGGAGAUACAGCUCGCCUCAUCAGCUCUGAGUGUUCUGACAGUGGUCCUCAGUGUCUGCAGUUCUGGUACCAUAUGUACGGCUCAGCAGAUACAAUGGGCCUCCAUGUUUACCUGCUACAAGGCCGACUGGCUAAGGGUGUCUGGUGGAAGAGGAAUGACCAAGGAAAUAUGUGGCACUUGGCUCAGGUGGACUUCACUACAACUGGAACUUUCCAGAUAAUUGUUGAAGGGCGAAGAGGUUCCAAUGAUCAGUCUGAUGUGGCUGUAGAUGACGUAUCAAUUCAUCGUGGACCUUGUGCAGACUUGACUGAACCAAAAACCCCUGCUCCUGAGCUCCCUCCAACCAUCAGCUCAUCAGCCACACAACAACCAACAACAACUUCAUCAAAACCACAACCACCAUCAACAACUAAAUUUAUGACAACAACCACCAUAACAACAGCAACUUCAAAUCCUGAUGACCCAAUGACCACGAGACCUGAUAUUCCAACAACAACAGGACCACAGCUACCAAUAACAUCAAGGCCAAUAACAACAGCUGCAACUGGACACAAAACCACAGCUACACCACACCCAAAAACCACAGAGGGCACAGAAGUUGAAACUUCAGAACAGCCAGUAUCUGAAACCACAGUAAGACCACAACCUUCAACCACAACUCAACCAAAGCCACACACAUCAUCUAGACCACAAACCACAACCACAGAACACACAGAAGUUGAAACAACAGAACAGCCAGAACUUGAAACCACAGAAAAACCACAACCUUCAACCACGACUCAACCACAGUCACACACAACAGCUGCACCACUACCUCCAAGCACAGCUAGACCACAUCCUCAAACCACUGCCGAGUCACAAACAACAAAUAGACCACAAACUCCAACCACUACAUCACAACCACAAACAACAGUUACACCUCAACUAACAACCACAGUUCAACCACAGCCUCCAACCACAACGCAGCCAAAACUGCCAACAACAGCUCCAUCUGAGUCACAAACAACAAGCACUUCACAUCCUCCAACAACAACUACAUCAAAACCUCAGACCACAACUCCACUCGAGUCCCAAACAACAAGCGCACCACAACCUUCAACCACCACAGCUAAACAACAACCUUCAACAACAGCUGGACCAAAACCUUCAACCACGAUGCAGUCACAAACGCCAAACACAGCUCCACCAUCUCAAACCACUACAGCUGGANCACCAUCUCAAACCACUACAAAUGAACCUCAACCUCCAACCACAGCCAGACCCCAACCUCCAUCUGAAACACAAACAACAAGUAGACCACAACAAUCAACCACAGCUAAACCCCAAACCACAACAGUUACACCACAAUCCACAACAACACUGAGACCAGAACCCACAACAACAGCUGGACCCCAACCCACCACAACCCUAAAACCACAUCCACCAACAGAAAGACCUCAGUCUACAGUUACAACACAAUCUACAACAACUGCUAGACCCAAACCACCAACUACAGCUGUGCCAACACCCUCUUGCCCACAAAACAGUCAUUACACCACUUGCAUCCCUGCCUGCAGUCCAACCUGCAGACACCUGAAUGGCCCACCACGCUGCAGUGACAGUGACAGUUGUGUGCCAGGAUGUGUGUGUGAUGACGGCUUUGUGCAGAAAGGGCAGCGUUGCGUGCCUAUCCAAGAGUGUGGAUGCGUGGACAGUAGUGGCAACAAACAUCAUUUCAAUGACAGGUGGUACACCAAUCACUGCAGUCAGAAAUGUGAAUGUGAGAAAGACGAUGGCAUAGGGACGAUUGACUGCGACGACAAAGACGAAUGCGAUGGAAAUGCUGUCUGCCUUCAAAACAACGAGGGCGAAUGGUACUGCAGAUCUACAGGCUUCAGUGAAUGCACUAUAAAUGGAGACCCAGAGUACAGAACCUUUGAUAAAAUGAAGUAUGAAUUUGAGGGCGAGCACUCGUAUGUGCUGGUCCAGACCAAAAACUUGCCGAAUGACAUUCCAGACGUCUACAUCGUGGGCAUCAAUACACGCAGAGUAGAUGAUGGUGAUGAUGGUGAUGAUAGUGAUGAUAGUGAGCAUCAUGACGACAGUAGCAGUGAAGAAAACCACAGUCGCAGAGUCGGGGAUGAAGAGAAAGAUGAUGAUGACGGCGAUGAAGCCGAUGAUGACAAUGACCGCAACGAUCGCAAAUAUUAUGAUGACAGCGACGAAGAUGAGGAGCAUCCCAGAUUACAAGAGCUUAAGAUCAUAGUGUACAAUCACACUGUGGAGAUGAGGAAGAAUCGAGAGCUGGUCGUGGAUGGAAAGAAAACCAAAAUGCCUGUCUCACCGACCGCUGGUUUAAACAUCCGGCAGCAUUCAUCUCGCAUCUACCUGAAGACUGACUUUGGCCUCUCAGUGGAGUUUAAUGGACGCAGCUCAGCAGAGAUCAUUCUCCCACACAUAUAUAAAAGGAAAGUAAGAGGUCUGUGUGGGAACUUUGACAGUCAAAAGAGGAAUGACUGGAUGAAGCCGGACGGCACCAUGGCCAGGAGUGUUCGAGAGUUCGGAGAGAGCUGGAGAGUGUAAAUAUCAGAAGGAUAAUAUCUGUAACCUUAGAAGAUAUGAAUAAACCUAAGCUUCAAAACAUGACUAAGCUAAAAAACACCAGUGGCACUGAGUUGUCUUUUCCUCCAGCUGUUCAGGACAAAGUAUCAUAAAAAAAAUACUUUUCUACAGCAUCUGCUUUUAUUAGGAUUUGCAUUGUUCAAAGAAUCUGAUGUCAAGACUACGUCUAUUUUAAAAAUGAUUUUUCUUUGAAACCAUCACAUUUUCAAGAAAUCAGUGACAAUAUAUCAGACGUUGCUGUUUUUGUCACAGUCGAGCAUACCAUUUCUUCAAAAGCGAUGUUCUUACAGCUGUGUAGAUCUUUCACAGUAAUGGCCACGCUGAACAAAAGGUACAAUACAGUGUUUGAAUGAUGAGAACGUAUGUCUACAUAUGGACACAUGAUACUGUUGAAAAGGGGUUGCAUGUGCAAUAAAUGAUUAU